UAACUUUUUUUCGUGUUUUCGUAAGUGAGGUCGAUUGUCAGCAGAGUCAGUUUCACUUUACUUUGUCUUCAACCUAAAAUUAAUUAAGCAAAACUUUUUCCGGCGGAACUGUUUUUGUCAGAAGAGGGCGCCAUGCUAAUAGAUUGGUGGGUUUAAAAUUCAAGAUGGCAGCCUCCGUUGUGAAAUAUUCAUUACAUUGGUAGGGCUAGGGCCGGCCAGAUGUCUGCAGUACAUUUACAUUGAAUGCAUGUUCAUGCAGAGAGCUAUGGGUCUACAUUUAAUAGUUAGGCACACAAAAGGCCUAUCAAGCUGGAUUCAACAUCUCACGCCAUCACGGAGGAUAGUAAGGUGUCAGAAAGUGCACAUGGAUAUCAAAUUUUUACCACCGACAGAACUGGUGUUAAAUGAUGCAGAGAGUCUGAAGUAUCAGACAAAGCAGCAUUUAUGCACAGGAAACAGUGCACAACAGAGACAGUUCCCAUUAACUGCCAGUUCUGAUGUCACACCGAGGAGUUGCUCACUGCCUCUGCAGACUGUGACAUCAGGGAAGGGGUUCUUGCAUCGUUUAGUGCCAUCUGAUCAUGUUCACUCAAGACACUACUCAUCCACACAGCCCACCACAGCCUAUGAACUGCUACUAACCUCCCGACCUGUCCAGCUUUCCCAAGCACUCCUGGAGCAUUGCCAUGACCUGACAGGGCUCCCCUGGUGGGCCAGCCUAGUCCUUUCCACCUUCCUGCUGCGGGCUACACUGACAUUCCCUUUGGGCAUCUAUAGCCAAUACAUCAGGGCCAAGGUGGAGAGGCUGCAGCCUGAUAUUGUGGCCAUGGCCAAGCAUGCCUUUGUGAGGAGGUUUGCCGAGAGAGCAAGACUGGAGGGCUGGUCAGAAAAAAGGGCAGAGAAAGCAGUCAUGGGAUUGGUAAAGCAUUACUCCAAGGAGUUGUUCAUCCGUGAUAAUUGUCACCCGGCUAAGGGGUCCAUUUUGUUCCUGGUACAGUUUCCAUUGUGGCUGUGUCUGUCACUGGCCCUCAGGAAUAUGUCUGGUGCCUUUGCUGGGAACAUCUAUCAGGAUCCAGCCAGUGUGGUUCCCUCAUUGUCAACAGAGGGCACUCUUUGGUUCACAGACCUGACAAUGGCAGAUCCCAUCUACAUUCUCCCUGUGCUGGUUGGAUUGUUCAACCUGUGCAACAUAGAAAUAAUGGCCUUGCACAACAACCCGGUUUCCCAAAGACAGCGUUACAUCACCAAUCUCUUGCGUGGCCUGUCGCUGGUCAUGAUUCCUAUUGCAGCUCAAGUGCCAACUGCAAUGACUCUAUACUGGGCCUCCUCUGCAUUCUAUGGUCUUGGCCAAAACAUCCUCCUGAAAUCACCAAUAGUCCGCUCGGCCCUAAACAUCCCCUUUGCUCCUUCGGACAGUGAGACGCCAUACAGGGACAUGGCCAACAUUGUCGGGACACGAUACCUGUGGAGAAAGGGGACUAGUGUUCUGGGAAAGACAGGACAAGAUGCUACAGAGAAUGUCAAAAGGGAGACUGGGAGAAGUUGUACAAAGGUGCAACAGAUGAAUUCACGUCAGUGUUAAAUCUGCCUACAGCAGAAGGCUGUAACUUACUACCCGAACUAUUACGCUUCGUUUCAUCUGCCGCACAACUUCAUCCUAUCCAGUGAUGUUGAGCUUAACCCUGGCCCUACAAGGUUCCCCUGCACUUUCUGUGAGAAAACAGUGAAAUCCAACCAAUGGGGCAUAUGUUGUGAUGUAUGUGACCUUUGGACUCAUGCCAGAUGUGCCUCAGUUAGCAUCAAGGAUUACCAACAAUUGUCUGUUUCCAACAACCAAUGGCUCUGCAGAAAAUGUCUUCUACACAAGAUCCCCACUCUGCCCUGUUCACCAGAUUCAUCACUUGUCAGUGAAUUUGUCCUCCACCGCAUCCUCCCUAACUGGCACUCACACUAACCUGUCCAAGCCUUGAAAGAGAAUUGGAGGAAUCAUUUUCAACACCCGGAGUCUAGGCAACAAACUCUGACUCUUCCAGUCCGAGGUAGAGCUGAAUAACCCUGACGUAGCUUUCAUCACAGAGAUUUGGCUUGAUAAAACUGUGUACAACGGUGAAAUCUUACUGAACCCUAACUACAGUAUCUACCGUAAGGAUCGUAAUAGGCACGGUAGCUGUGUCCUUAAUCCCUGCUGCCAAUCACCUUCACCCUACACAUGCUACAUGUAUCAGCGAUUUUGAACAUGAAGAACUGGAACUUCUCUCGUUGGAAAUAGAAUCUGAUCAUGGUAAAAGUCCUUUUCGGUUGCUUGUAUAGGGCUAUAGGCCACCUAACAGCUGUGCCAUUUUUUUGUUUAUUACAAUCAGUUUUAGACCUUGUUCUCACAUAUUCACAUAAUUACUUGGCUAUUGUUGUUCUGGGUGAUUUUAACAUGAAUUUUAUCCACCACACAGCGUCCAGUACAGCCAGCCUUCAAGAACAGCUUACUGUCGGACACUCUUAACUUGCAUCAAUUGUUUAGCCAGAUUACUCGUAAAUCCUCUGACAGUUUAUUGCAGGGGUCCAUACUAGAUCUGGUCUUCUGUAAUAAACCUGACCUGGUACACCAUAUUUCCGUAAUACCUGGGUUAGGCUUGAGUGAUCACAAUGGUGUCUCUUUUUAGCUGACCACCGCUGUUAGUAUUAAACGUGUGAACCGCACAUUUUACCAGUACAAUAAAGCAGAUAAGACUUCUCUUUGUGACACCCUUGCUCAUAUCAAUUGGGACUUUUAUUUGUCACCUGGGUUUGACAUUAAUCAAGUUUGGGAUAAUAUCAAGGAUCUCUUGUUUGCAGCUGUUCAAGAUACUGUUCCGGUAGCUAGACAAAGAGGGAAAAGAAGACUGCCUGGGAUAUCUAGUGAAAUAGUCACCUUGGCAAGGAAAAAGCAUAGGGCUUUAAAAGCUGCUGUGCGAUGUGGCCGUAAUGCUCAUCUUUGGGCCAAAAUAUAAGUCCUAUAAUAACUACAUUCAGGACCUAGCGCUAAAUUGCAUCGCUAAUGCUAAGCAAUUUUGGUCUUUAGUUCUAACCGUAAAAAGACCUCCAGUUCUAGCCUCCGUAUUGGUGACUACAUCACUAGUGAUCCUAGUGCCAUCACUAGUGAAUUUAGUGCUAAGUUCUAAAAUAAUUUUACCAAAGAUAAUGACGUAUCCUGUACUAUUACAUGUAAUCAUGCUUGUUAUAAAUUCCGCCUGUCCAGGAUUCAGACCAACAAUUUGAGGUCAAGAAAUCACUGAACUCUCUUCAAGCGUACAAAUCACCAGGUUGCAGGUCCCGACGGUAUUUCUCCCAUGUUCUUCAAAAUCGCUGCAAACAGUUUUGCUUACUCUUUAACUUUGAUUUGUCCAUAAACACUGGUAAGGUCCCCACUGAAUGGAGAUUCACCAAUGUCGUCCCCAUACACAAAUCCGGUGACCCUCAUAACCCUGCCAACUACAGACCCAUUUCACUUUGCAGUCAGUAAAUGGUCAGUAAAUGCCUGGAAAAAAAUCAUUGCACGCCAUCUUGUUACAGGGGCAGUAUUGUCUCUGACUGCCAGCAUGGCUUCCCCCCUAAAAGGUCUUGCAUUAGCCAACUCACUACUUUAUAUUAUCAUUGGGCUGCUACUUUGGACGCUGUGAAUCCCCUUCGCAUUGACGCCAUCUUUUUGGAUUGGUCAAAAGCGUUUGAUCGGGUGAGUCACAGUGUUCUCCAAAAGUUACAUAAAUAUUGUAGCUUUCUAUGUGGGAAAAAGACUGUCCAAACUCUAUAUCUGAACUCGCUGUGUUAUUUCUCCACUUCCUUUUGAUGCUUGUAUAACCACUGUCGUAAGAUAUAAUGCUGCUCAACAAUGCAGUGGUUGUGCGGUUAUGUGAUUGUGCAGUUGUGCGGUACACUGCAGUAAACCUGUCACAGAGUGAUAUUAAAUCGAAAUCACUUUUAAAUUAAUAAUACCGUAUAAUUUUGGCCCUAAUUGUUGAAAAGAUAAACAUGGUAUUUAGUGGUGAAACAAGAUUUUAUUUUCUUGAGCCGCCACACCCAAACAUUCCUGAAGUCAGUCAACCUUACCAGAAUGAUGGGCUGAGUGCCAGUUGAGUUGUUAUUGGUUGAUGUAGCCACUUAUGCAUUAAUUUGAAUAAUGAAUAUUUAUGAAGGGUACAGUACCCAAAACAUUUUGAGUUCUUUGGAAUAAGGCGUGGCAGUGCUGGAAUCUUUCCUUCGGGUUUAAAAGAAAAGAUAUGGGGUGAUGUGAUCAGUUCAUUACUGGAUUCCGAGGAGAGGGCAGCGGCCAGCCUCGAUGACUUGUAGUCGUGAGUCGAGUUAGUCUUUAGAUGAGUGACUUCUAAUUAUGAAAGUAGAAUAAACUACAUGUACAUUUAGACUGUUCUGAGAAACGGAAAGCCAGGAAACGCCCAGUUCCUGUAAGUUAGCCAUGUAUAAAUAUGAUAUAUUGGAUAUUUAUUUUAUACAUUUAUUCCUUGCAAAACCAGAUCUUGAGCCAGUGAAAAUGAGAUUUGCCGAGAUAUUGCAUAAAAUCCUUAUUGAUUUAAGUUGAGGUUGUUGCAACACUGAAACAGUUAUCUUGAAAGUUGGCACACUUCAUAACUCUUCAGAUUCAUUAAUGAAUAUUUUGCGUUAAAUGUAACUUGGCCAGAAAAACCAGAAACAUGGGAAGAUGGUGGUAAUUUUCAGGGUUUUACGUUAAGAGGAAGAGGGAGUCAGUUGACCGGUGGUGACAAAAGGGUUGGACCGCGGCGGCGGGAUGUAGAAACUUGCCGAGUCAGCCACAGGCCACAGAAGCCGACUACAACGCAAGAAACAGAAGCACCAUGGUGGCGGGACAUUGAGGCACCCGUCACCUCAUUUAUAUUGUAAUCAAUAACAAUGUUAAUGUAAGAAAUAAUCCUUAUUUUGUGUUCUUUUAUAAAUAAAUGUAAAUAUUGUACAGGCAAAACAAAUUUCCAGCAAUAAGUGUGUAUAUAUUCGUGUCUCAGCUACCAAAG